AUGACCGUCGACCUGGUGAGCUUCAUCUCGCUUGUCACGACGGACGCAGGGCUCUUCAAGAAAACAGCCCAAUUCUACCACGCCUUGGGGUUUCGCUUGGUGAAAAACUACAAUAAGGUCUCCACUUCGGCGGCCUCGUCUAUAGUAAACGGCAUCUCGGCAGACUCGUCCAAGGAGAUCUGGUUGGAGGCGCUUCCUUUGCAGAAUUUGGACGAGCAUGGCAACGUGGUGCCCUGGCAGGAGAUGCCUUUCUAUGAGGGUGACCACACAGCCCCAUUGUGCAAGGGCACCGUGGUGAAGAUCCGUCUCUCUGCGCUAGAGAGAGUGGAAUUGGCUACACAGACAAUUGAAUUCUUUGCCGCUGACUUGGCAAAGCUCAAGGAGCUUUUGGCGAAAGCUGGAGCUGCCCACACCGACCACAAUUCGGCAAUUGCUGCCCAGGACCCCUUAGGCAACAGCUUCCACUUUUCCAAUAAGGAGUCGCCAGCGUCCGAGCGCCAUUUCUCCUCCCAGCAAGAGUACUUGGACUUCAAGACGAAAGAGCUCACGGAGGCAUUGGCCCUGCGCAGAGACACCACCAAGGUCCUGGAGUUGCCCGCUAAUCAGAAGGCCAAGCGCAAGAAGAUAGCGGUGAUGACUUCUGGAGGCGAUGCUCAGGGCAUGAACUCGGCCGUGAGAGCGGUCAUCCGUUCAGGUAUCUACUACGGCUGCGAUAUGUUUGCCGUUUACGAGGGCUACGAGGGUUUGGUAAAAGGAGGCUCUCUUUUGAAGCAGAUGGGCUGGGAAGACGUCAGAGGGUACUUGGCGCUUGGAGGCACCAUGAUUGGUACUGCUCGAUGCGCUGAGUUCAGAGAAAGAGCAGGCCGUUUGUCUGCGGCUCACAACAUGGUCAAAAACGGCAUUGACGCUCUCAUUGUGUGUGGAGGUGACGGUUCCUUGACAGGCGCCGACUUGUUCCGUUCUGAGUGGCCCUCCUUGAUUGAAGAGUUGGUCAAGACAAACAGACUCACCAAGGAAGAAGUACAACCAUACCUUAACUUGACAAUCGUGGGUCUUGUGGGUUCCAUCGAUAAUGACAUGUCUGGAACGGAUGCCACCAUUGGCGCCUACUCUUCUUUGGACAGAAUCACAGAGAUGGUCGACUACAUCGAUGCCACCGCCGCUUCUCAUUCUAGAGCAUUCGUUGUAGAAGUCAUGGGCCGUCAUUGUGGCUGGUUGGCGUUGAUGUCGGGUCUCUCGACCGGCGCUGACUACAUCUUCAUUCCUGAGAGACCUCCAAAGCACGGCAAGUGGCAGGAGGAACUCAAGGAGGUGUGUGGCCGCCACAGAGCGUUGGGAAAGAGAAACACCACCGUUAUCAUCGCCGAGGGUGCAAUUGACGAUGAGCUCCAGCCAAUCACAUCCGACCAAGUCAAGGAGGUUCUUGUGGAAUUGGGCCUCGACACGAGAAUCACCAUCUUGGGCCACGUGCAAAGAGGUGGAUCUGCUGUGGCGUACGAUAGGAUGUUGGCCACUUUGCAAGGUGUGGAGGCGUUGAGAGCUGUGUUGGAGGCCACUCCAGACAUCCCAUCUCCAGUAAUUGGAAUCGUUGAAAACCAGCUUGUUCGCCAGCCCUUGGUGGAAUCUGUUAAGAACACCAAGGAGGUUGCUACGGCCAUCGAAGCCAAGGAUUUCGACAGAGCCAUGAGUUUGAGAGACACCACCUUUGCCGAAAUUUACAAGAAUUACUUGGUCACCACUGAGCAUCCAGCAGGUCCAGACUUCGCACCCGAGAGAGAAAGAUUGAACAUUGGUAUCGUGCAUGUCGGAGCCUCUUCCUCAGCACUUAAUGCUGCCACAAGAGCUGCUACUUUGUACUGUUUGUCCAAGGGCCACCGUUUGUAUGCUAUCCAGGACGGAUUCAGUGGGCUUAUUCACACUGGUAACUUCAAGGAGUUGACCUGGUUGGACGUUUGCGGCUGGCACAACAAGGGUGGUUCUGAAAUUGGUACCAACAGAUCGUUGCCAAGCGAAAACUUUGGCAAUGUAGCCUAUUACUUACAAAGACACCAGUUGAACGGGUUGCUUAUUGUGGGAGGAUUCGAGGCCUUCACAGCGUUGCACCAGUUGGAAAACCAAAAGCACAAGUACCCCAUCUUCAAUAUUCCGAAAGUCGUUAUUCCAGCAACCGUCUCAAACAACGUUCCAGGCACAGAGUACUCAUUGGGUUCCGAUACCUGUUUGAACCAACUUGUUAACUACUGCGAUGCCGUUAAGCAGUCUGCCUCAGCUACAAGAAGAAGAGCGUUCGUAUGUGAAGUGCAAGGAGGAAACACAGGAUACGUUGCCUGCUACGCUGGGUUGGUUACCGGAGCGAUGGCCGUGUACACGCCAGAGACCAAGGUUACGUUAAAGACGAUCAGAGAAGACUUUAACUUGCUAUCACAGGUGUUUGAAAACGACCGAGGCGAAGACAGAAACGGGAAACUCCUCAUCAGAAACGAGCAUGCGCUGAAAGUGUACACCACGGAGCUUUUGGCAGAUAUCUUCAGGGAAGCAGCACACGGCCGGUUCGAAACAAGAACAGCGGUUCCAGGCCAUGUGCAACAGGGAUUCAUGCCUUCGUCGAUGGACCGAGUGUACGCUGUGCGUUUUGCCGUGAGGUCAAUCGAGUACAUCGAGGAGUGGAGCCGAAGAGUGUUUUCAGCGGCGGAGCACACGCAGCAUCACAGCGUGAACAACAUCAAGAUGAUUGACUUGUUGGACAAGGAAGAGCAGCUGUCAGUGGUGAUUGGCGUGCAGGGAGCCAAGGUGGUGUUCCUGGACAUCAACGACUUGUACGACACAGACACAGACGUUGCCAUGAGAAGAGGCAAGACGAUUCACUGGAGCCGGCUCGAGGAGGUGAGCGAUUUAUUGAGCGGGCGGUUGAUGCUCAGAGAGGGUAAGCCGUUGCGGUAG